UAAAUUAUUAUACAAUUAUCUAGUAAGCUUUGCAUUAUCCAUAUUUGCUUUCGCAGCUUUAACCUUUAAUGUAAAUAAAACUAAUAUCAUUAAAAUCUAAGUAAUCGAAUAUAAUACUUGUAAUACAUUGCUUUUAGGUUUUCAAUCGAGACUUUCACUUUAAUUACAUUUAUAUUAUAAAGUUUUAUAUAAUUAUAAUGUUUUCAUGUUUCAUUUUUUUCAUUUAUUACGUAUCCCAACGUGUUCUCGACGAAACGUUCAAGUUUUUUGAUAUUCCAUACAAUGGGAAUUGGUAUGAUUUACCGUUACCCAUACAAAAAUUAUUACUUUUUAUAAUACAAGGAAGAAAAAAACCAGUGUUAUUGUCAAUUUGUGGAAUAUUCGUGCCUACCUACAAAAUGUUACUUAUGCAAUGCAAAAUGACAUGGUCCUGCUUCAUAAUGUUAUAUUCUAUUCAAAAGUAA